AUGGCAGAGUUAAGAGCAGCUGUUAUCGCUGAAUAUGUGAAAGGGUACAAACCCGGACACAUAUUCAAACACCUAAAACCGCUCGGAAUCAACCGGAAAUUCGUAUACCGGACCAUAAAUCGGUACCUAGAGACCGGAGGCACCGAGGACAAGGCACGAUAUGGACGACCAAGGUCUGUGAGAACUCCAAGGCUGAAAAAGAUUAUACGAGACCGGAUUCGCCGGAAUCCCGCCCAAUCUGCACGGAAGCUGGCCAGGAACCUUAAAAUGAACCGAGAAUCAAUCCGCCUGCUUCUGCGCAAGAAUUUAAAACUUACACCGUACAAAAAACAGGUGGUUCAUGGGGUUACCAAAGCUACAAAGGACAAGAGGUACCAACGGUCGCGGGAGUUGCUCGGUUGGCGCGCAGAUGACGAGAUUAUUUUUUUGGACGAGAAGCUGUUCGUUUUGGAGCAAACAGUCAAUCGCCAAAAUGAUCAAGUUUGGAGUGUGAGCCUCCAGCAAACUCUUGCGGACAAGCUGAACGUUUCCCGGUUCUAA